GUGAGGCCAAGUUCCCAGAGCUGCAGCAAGCCGAGCCUCCUUGCACUGCCCAAGGGAUCCCCUCAUACCCACCUCUGUCAUGGGCCCCACACUCCGCUGCUGGGUGGUCGUCUGGCUCCUGGGGGCAGGUCCCGUGAAUGCCAGCGUCACCCAGCACCCCAGACACCUGGUCGUGGGGAGAGGACAGGAGGCAACUCUGAGGUGCGGCCCCGUGACAGGCCACACUUACGUUUACUGGUAUCAGCAGCUCCCGGAGGAAGGGCUGAAGUUCAUGAUUUCCCUGCGGAGAAAACAAAUCAUGGACGAGUCAGGAAUGCCAUCAAAACGCUUUUCUGCCAGAUUUCCAGAAAAGGGACCCAGCGUCUUCAACAUCCAGCUGGCAGAGCCUGGUGACUCCACAGUGUAUUUCUGUGCCAGCUCUGUGUCCACACCAAUUCAGAGUCCCGUCCUCCCAGAGCACAAACCUCCUCCAGGCCCCGCCCCCACACAGCCACAGCUGGGAGAGGGGGCAGGGUCCCAGCUGGGGAAGGAACCUCCCAGCCCUUGCUCACCAACUCAGACUCUGUCACAUGCAAGAGGCACAGUGGGUGGUGGAAUCACUCAGACCCCAAAAUACCUGUUCAGAGAGGAAGGUCAAGAUGUGACCCUGCAGUGUGAACAGGACUUUGGUCAUGACAACAUGUACUGGUACCGACAGGACCCAGGGCAGGGGCUGAGGCUGAUCUACAUCUCCCGAGGUGAGACUGAUGUUGCUAAGGGAGACCUGGCUGAAGGCUACCAGGCCUCUCGGGAGGAGAAGGCGACCUUUCCUCUCACCAUGCCAUCGACCCGGAAGGACCAGACAGCUCUGUACCUCUGUGCCAGCAGCUUAGACACAGGAGCAGAGCUACCUCCUGUCUGCACAUAA